AGCUGAGGAGGAGGAGGUGGGAGGGGCCUCUUCGCCACCGCCUCCGCCGCCGUCGCAGCCGGUGCCACUCCAGAAGCAGCAGCAGCAGCAGAAGUUGGCCAUGGACCGGAGGGUGCGGACGCAGCCACGGUCGCGGAGUGCGAGCCUGAUGCCGUCGCCGCCGCCGUCGUGGGCGCUGCUGGUGGCGACGGGGCUGGCGGUGGCGGCGUCUGUGGCGCCCGCCGCGUGGGCGGCGCAGGGCUCCACCCCCGCCGCCCACAAGAUCCCGCGCUGGAACAUGAAGAUCGCGCAGGAGCAAGGGCCCAACGCGUGCGUGGUGGAGGAAGCCGGCGGCCGGCGCUUCUACUCCGACUGCAAGUACUGGCGCCAGCGAGACAUCUGCGGGCAGACCGCGGUGCCGCGCUACGAAUGCUGCGAGGGCUUCGAGCAGCUGCCGGGCGAGCCGGGCUGCGCGGGCGCGAUGCCGCUGACGGGCGUGCUGGAGACGGCGCGGCGGCUGGGCGCCGCCCGCUUCGUGCGGCUGCUGGAGCGCUCGGGGCUGCACCGCGGCCUCACCGCCUCCAACGCAGUCACCCUCUUCGCGCCGCUCGACUCCGCCUUCGACGAGCUGCCGCGCGAGCGCCUCAGCCGCCUGGAGCAGGCGGAGGACCCGACGACGCGGCCCCUGCUGCAGUACCACCUGACGGACGGACGCGUCCUCACCUCGGGCCUGCCCUCCGACCACCUGCAGGACACGCGCCUCGCCGGCCGGCAGCUGCGCCUCAACAAGUACUCCAGCGGGGUGCAGACGGCCAACUGCGCGCGCCUGGUGCGUCGCGACGUGCCGGCGAGCGACGGCGUGGUGCACCUGCUGGAGAACGUGCUGGACCCGGCGUUCGCGUCGGCGCCCGCGCCGCUCGACCUGGCGCAGCUGGUGGCGACGGACGGCCGCUUCUCGGCGCUCGCCAGGACCAUCGAGCGCGCCGACUUCGCCGGCCGCCUGCGCAGCCCCGAGCGGCCCUGCACGCUGCUCGCGCCCUCCGACGAAGCCUUCCAGAAGCUCUCGGCCGCGCGCCUCCAGCGCAUUCUGGACGACGAGGGCGCGCGCAGAGCGCUGCUGGAGCACCACGUGAUCCCGCACCCGCUGUGCCUGCCGGCCGUGCUGGGCGAGCACCGCGUGCGCGCGCUCGACGGCCAGCGCCUGUCCUUCGACUGCGACGCGCGCGGCGCCACGGUGGAGGGCCGGCGCCUGCGCGCGGAGCCCGUGCUCGCCUCCAACGGCGCGCUCUACAUGCUGGACGACGUGCUGCUGCCGGAGCGCGCAAAGUCGGUGCUGCAGCUGCUGGAUGAGCGCGGGCUGACGACGUUCGCAUCGCUGGUGCGCAGCGCCGGGCUGGACGACGCCUUCGACUCCUUCCACGACUACACCGUCUUCGCGCCCUCCGAGGCCGCCAUGUUCGAGCUCCCGGAGGCGCGCCUGCGGACGCUGCGCUCCAACCGCGAGGCGGCGCGCGGCUUCGUCAUGCUGCACGCGACAGCGGGCCGCGUGGCGUGGGCGUCCGUGGCGGCGGGCCAGGCCGUCAUGUCGCUGGACGAGCGCCACCGCCUGCGACUCCAGGUGUACCGGCGCGGGCCCGGCGUGGAGGCUGCGCUGGUGGAGGAGCGCGACGUGGAGGGGCUCAACGGCUGCGUGCACGUCAUCGACCGCGUGCUCGAGCCCGCGGAGCUCUCCACGCGCGACCUGUUGCGGCGCGACGGCAACUUCAGCAUCUUCCUGUCUGCGCUGGAGCGCGGCGGGGCGGACGUGGUGUGGCUGCCGGGCGAGGACGCCGGCGCCGGGCUGGACGCGGGCGUGGGCGUGGGCGUGGGCGUGGCAGCGGAGGAGGAGCAGUCGCUGACGCUGUUCGCGCCCACCGACGCCGCCUUCGAGCGCCUGGGCGAGCAGCGCCUCACGCGCCUCAUGGAGGACCCGCAGUUCCUCAAGAAGACGCUGCGCCAUCAUGUGUGUGAGGGGAUGGUGUCGUCGGCCGCCUGGACGCCCGAGCUGCGGCACGGCGUUCGCACGCGUCAGGGAGACGUGCACAUCACGCGUGCGGCCUCCGGAAAGAUCAAGGUUGAUGAAGCAACAGUUAUUCGAUCUGAUCUCGUAACUACCAAUGGUGUCAUUCACGUUAUCAACCGUGUUUUGCUUCCUGAGAGCUGAACGAAUUCAAUUCAGUGUUCUCUUCAAACAUCUUCCCUGCACUCUGUUCACCUCGCACUAUAUGUUUUAAACAUUAUUGGCAGAUUACUUACACUCUUCUCAACUGAAACACUUUAUAUUCUAAAAAACCGAUGUUAUCUUAAUCGUAAAGUUCUAAUCGUAAUCUUAUGUAUAAUUAGCAAUGUCAUAUAGUUAUAAAAUACUUUCCGAAGUCAACAAUUUCAAGUAUUGUGUUAAUGUGUGAUGAGAUAUAAAUAUAAUUUUCUAAUUUAAAUAUUAAGCUCAAAUAACAGCGAAAAAAUUGGAAUAAUUUUCGCUUGAGUAACUAAGGCUUUCCUUCUUCGUACCUGAGUUGAUUUUCUUGACUACAAAGUUGUUUAAUCAUAUGUUUCAAAAAUGUUCAAUGUAAAAGACAUCCAAUGGGAUAUUAUCUUACUUCAAUAAUUUUAAGAGAUCAUUCUUCGUAUUGUAGUGUGCUAAGCAUUAAUCUUUCCUUCAAUAAAUAAAAACUGUCGCUAUACACUGAGCAAUUAAAAGCGCUUACAUUCAAACGGGCUUCGUACUACUAAGCAGUGAUUGUUUCUGCUUUUGAAGUGUUGGUAGUAGUACUGAGAAUAAAUAGUACUUGUAACAUCCUGUGAUGCACGUCACACAAGUGUUGAAAUAAAAUAAAGAAAAACGAAAAUUGUGUUUUUUCUAUUCACAGUUUAUUUCUUUACAACAAUAAUUACUACAAAUA